AUGAUUACUAUGACAGCGUAUGAGCUACCGCCAGAAAUUCUUACACAAAUUGGUGAUAACCUAUCGACUAGAGACAACUUGUCUUGUGCUCUGACGUGCAAGAGAUGGAGAUCCCCAUUUGAAAAGGCUCUAUGGAAAAACACACGAUUUUACUCCUAUUACGACAUCAGCAAACUUACCGAAUCUGUUAAAGUUUUCCAACAUUUAUCCUUAUUACAAAGCCUCUGGGUUCACAGUCUAUCCAUAACCCGUCCUUUCUCUGGGGAAAAUUUAUUAUAUAAAGAAUUUUACGAUUUAUUAAAAUUCUUUCCAAACUUGAAGCAUCUGGAUGUGCCCCUUAUCUUCUAUAGAGCUAUUUACACACACAAAAACAGUUCAGACAGCGUAUGGAAAUAUUUGAAAAGUUUGAAGAUUAGUUACGAAACAAGUAAAGCGCUACAGCCAGCGGAAACCCUGCUCAAGGUUAUUAAUAUGUGUAGCAUGCUACAGGAAUUGAUAAUACUUGGUCGAUACCAAAAGCUUUUAAUAAAGUUCGGUGUGGAUGACUUUGACAGCAUGCACCAACACUUGCAAGACUUAUCAUCAAUCAAGGCUGACAUAGAUUUCAAUUCUGACUUUUCGGUUACACUGUACAAAAUCCCAAAUACGAUACCGGCUUUUACUAUGACGUCCCCAGAUAUAUGCCUGAGAGAAUAUGAUCUUAAAACUAAAGAUGAAUAUCAAAAUCAAUGGAAUCCUUUGUGGCUAUACUAUUUUGGUUACAAGUAUCCGAACUUGCGUUCUCUAAAGCUAGAAGUCCUAGAAAUUGAUAAUGGCCCGAUAAACUCGGACCAGAGGCAAAGAAUCAUAUCUCUUUUUCAAUCCAACCCAAACGCAUUUAGACGCUUGGAAACAUUCGAUCUCACGACCAACGAAUACUUCGAGUUUUCCGAUUUUAUUUUAAUGGACUUUAUUGAUGAAUUAAAAGCUCCUCUUAAGCAUUUGAAAUUACGUGCAAAACCAGCCAUAUUGGAUGUUAGCAGAGUUUCACGACCCUUUUCUGAAACACUCGAAAGUCUUUCGUUUACAGGAUAUACAUAUGGAAAUUAUGCCAGAGAUUCGACUUUCGAGUUAUCCUAUUGCUAUCCACUUCUGACGAACCUUUGUAUCAGUGGCAGGAAUGUGGCUCUUAAUCUAUCUGAUUUAUUGGACAAAUGUGUGGCCCUCAAACGGUUGAAACUUUGUCACGGAAAAUUGGUCAUCGAUUCAAACAUGACAAACGAGAAGUCAAAGAAACAAAAGCAGCAGCAUGGGUUGCAUAUUUUAAUAUUAAGGAAAUACUAUAUACCCUCUAAAGCAUUUCAUUACAUCUCGCUCAGGUGUAGAGGUUUAAAACAUAUGACUUUGCAUACUUUGCGAAUCAAGGGAUUAAUUUGUACAAAAACCGGGUGUUUGCUACUUGAUAUGCCGCAUACUUUUCUAAAGUCUCUGAAUAUCUGUCAGGUUGAAUAUGGCGCAUCAUACAAAGAAAGUCAAAAAUAUGAUACUUAUCUUACACUCGUGUCUCAAUUAAACGACGCUCCAUCAUCAGACAAAAAGAACGAAAGAGUGAAAUAUGAGAUAAACUCAAAAUUCCCUGUAGUAGCAAGCCACAAUAUUGAUUGGAUCUAUACAUAUCUUUUCUCUUCGAGUUUUACGACUUACAACGUGAGAACUACAAAACUUUCAAAGAGAGGAGCCAGUAUCGCAUUUGAAUACUAUCGAAACUCCUGGCCCAAAAUGUAUCCCAGAAACUUAAACAGUCAGCUCUUGUACGAUAAAUGUAGCUCCUAUAUGACGAGGGCAUGCGAACUUCAAAAAGGAUAUGGCCAAUUCAGAUUUGGCAAGAUUGAAUUUGUUUAUAUUAUAGGACCAUCACACUAA